GCUCUGGUUACUACUCGCUGGUACUACUACUCCUCUCCUGUUCGCCUGUCUCUUGUUUACUACCUUACCUUGUUUACCUUUCCCACCACUACUACUACUACUACUACUACUACUACUACUACUUACUUCCUUCUUCCUCCCUCCCUACUUAUCUUUCCCUAUCUAUAUACCCUUAUACUAUCUACCCACCCACCUAUCUUUAUACCUUGCACUUGUGCCACUGGUCGCAUGGUCUAACGUGGAUCCCGUACCCGCGCGAAUCGUCAUGCCUACCGGAUUGCCUUAUUUGCAGAAACUGCGCAAGCCCCAACUUGCAGAAUGGGCUGAGCUCACUGACCUCCAGGACUAUGAGGACCUCACCAAACCAGACCUCGCUGCCGCUCUGGACAGCCAUCUCCAAGCCAAUGAGUCUAUCUUCAAAACCGACGCGCGUCUGGCCGAUUACUACCGGCGACUGUCGCAAUCCCCGCGCGUGUACUCCCCCACCAAGAGAGCCCCCAAGGUUGAAGCCUCUCCAACGCCGGAUGAAGCUCCUCGAUCUGUGCGCCGGAGACAGGUGAAGGCCAAGGUGGAGCGCGAGCCUACAGAAGAAUCUGAGCCCCAAACCCCCGGACAGGUGGUGGGCGUGCAGCCGCCAACGAUGUCAUCGCUGGUGUCGGAGCUACCGCCCUCGCCGGCCGUGGUUACCGACGUGAUUGAUCGCCAGACAGCCGCGUGGGGCAAGUCCGUUAGCGAACUGUGGUCGGAAACGGGUGUGCACGAGCGUACCGAGUCGCUCCGCUCCAACCUUAGCAGCGUCAAGGCCUUUGGCACGUUGAUAUUAUCGGUUGAAGCCCUUGACGUGUUGCGGGCUGUUGUGCCCUGGAAUUACGUGGGCACUGUCCCCAUGCCCCCGUGGACGCAUAUCUCGGACUUGAAGAUCGCCAUUCCGGACAUUUUCAUUCUGGUCGAGGGGCAUUUCUGGGCUGUUGUCUCGCUGUGGGCGUUGAUUAGUGCGGCGCUGCCCUUUACUGUCGCGUACUUUUUCAAUCUGAGCUUGCAGGCCGCGCAGGCUGGGUCGCAGGUUCGUCGCGGUCGUGCUGGUGUGCAUGCGAGCUUCGAUCCGUUGAGCUUCUAUAUUGCUAAGGCGGUUAUCACGUAUUUGGUCUACACGGAGCAGUUCACCUUCUGGGGUGCUUAUCAGGGGUUGACGAUUGAUCGGUUGGAGGGAUCUGUUCCUUGGGGAUUGAAUGGGGCGUUGGCGGGGAGUGCUAUUGGAGUGAUUGGGACUUUGUAUGAGGCGAUUCUGAGGAAGUGAUGUAUAGUUGGCAACGGCAGUGGUGAGUGGACAGAGUACAGAUGAUGAGGGUUAGAGGUGUGAUUGGGGUGUUGACUGAGUAUUCUUGAGUUUUGGCUUCGUUUUGGUUUCUUCCAUCUAUGUUAUCCUUGGUUGUUUCGGGUCAGGGCGUAUCAGCGGACUGGACUGCUGUUACUGCUAUGCUUUGAGGGCGAUGGGCGCUGUAGUAUUGCUUGAUAUGUUUAAGUCUAAAUGUUAGGAUGAAUGAAUACCAACAUCUAUACCAGCCA